UUAAAAUAAAAGAAAAUGAGCGAUGCUCAAAAUAAAGGUAAGCAUAGGGCUUGAUUUGAGAGUAUACAAUUCCAAAAGCUGAAUGUCAAGGUUUAAUAAAGACUAAUCAUUGUUCCAGACAUAUCCUUAUUGCAAUAAAAUUAGUGCAAUACUCCAAGAUUACCCAUGGAUAUAUUAACCAAUUUUUGCUUAUUAUUUAAUAAUUUGGCAUACUUUAGCUACUCCAUCACUAAAAUCAUCAAUUUUGUAAAAAUUGUUCAUAACUCUAAUUCUUUUACUCUACCACAAACUUAAUCUGAGUCCAAAAUUAGCAAAAUUCUUCCAUUUCACCUAAAUUCAGUUCAAAAUUCGAUUUUUUUCAUAAAUCCAAAAACCCUCAAAAUCUCACAGAAUUUCCCUACUCAAUCCGAAAAUAAGAAGCGUCACCGUAACUUAUAACGCAAGCUUCAUUCCUUAGAUCUUUCUCAAAAUGUCUGUGAUCAAUAAAGUCCUCCAUAUAGAAGCCAGCUCUGCUUCUGCAGAAGAGAAUGACUCCAAAGACAUCGAGAAAGCUCUUUCCAGAGUCUUCAACAACAAGAAGGGCAAUAAGAGGACCAUCAGCAAGAUCGGGGCCAAAGAGGAUAUUAUAGUAGAAAAUAAGGAGAAAGAUAAGCAAAAAGAACCACUGAAGCUGAGAGAAAGAUCCCCAUCAAUAGAAUUCGUAGCUGAAAAUAACCCGAACGAGGCUAGUGGGGAUAUUCGUGCAGGAAAACAUGUGAAGGAAGAUCUAGAUUCGGAUGAUGAACUUGAUGAAUCUGAGAAAUCAAAUCCUAAUUUCCCUCUCAUUUUGAUAAAAUCAUGGGAACGAGAAAUUCGGAGGGACAUCAACGGAGUCAGAAAGUCACUGAUGAAAAACCUCCCUGUGCUUCCUCUGAACCCUCUCCAGCACAUGCUACAUAUUCCAGAGAAGGUCGAAGUCGACACAGACUCAGAUGUAGAGAUCAUCGAAGAAAAGAGGCCUGACCUAAGUCCAAAAGAUCCAUACAUUAAGAUUAAGUGUGUUUUUAAUGAUAAAUCUCCCAGUAGAAAUAGCAGAGAAGAAUCAAAAGUUUAUAACAGCAGUUUUAAAAGAACAUUAGAGAGACCGUCACCUCCUCCUCGUUCUAAAAACCCCUCCAAACAAAGACAGAAAUAAAGGGAGUUCAACCAAACGCAGGAACCUUAGAGGGCUUGAACAUCCUGAAGGCGACAGAAGCAUGCUUUGCAAAGAUUGAGGAAAAUACUUCUCAAAAUAUGGACUCGGAGGUCAUCGGGCAAAGUUCCAUGCAGGAGAAAAUCCAGGCUAUAAGAUCAAGCUACAGAUCAGACGAAGAAAUGAAGAGAAAAGGACAAUAUUAAGGCUGGCCCAAUUUCUAUACUUCCAAAAAUAUGAUAGGACAGAUAUUCACCCUAAAGACAUCAACAGAAGCUUGCUUUGAAAGCUUAAGAAAAAGAUCGAGAAUGAUGAUGCUCUUAAAGAACAACUAAUCAAUUGUGAUUACAUUGAAUUCCUUAGGAAAAAGAGGGCUUCCUUCCUCCAUCGUGACAAGUAGAAUUCCCAUACAAUAGGAAGUAACUGAAGCCAUGUAACCUAAAAGUUAUAGCUAAAUUUAGAUCUCAAUC